GUUGUAAAGCCGUAGCAGUGUAGCGCAAUCUUCCGUGUCUUCUCGCUGGAAAACAAGUGUGGAGAAAACCAACUUCAGAAACAACGCAAGUUCACCACAGCAUGUGCAAUAUGCUCGACGAUAUAAUCACAAUGAAACUGCUCAAUCUGAGUUUGGACGAAGACGAACCGAUGGCGCCUUCCCUCCACCGGUCAACUUCUUUCUUUUCUCCGUCUCAAAAGAACCAAAGUCUCAGCACGGAGCAGCUGGGCGAUGAUAUCUUAAGUUGGCCUCUGGACAUCUGGAGCAAAACGGCUCCUAGCAAACCGCAAGUCCAGUUCAGACCCGACCGCUCCAUGAGCCUCACCGAGUCCAACAUCCUGUCCUUUGGCAAAAUGAAGAACCAGGAUGCAGUGCCUCCCCCCCCCGGAUUCCCUCCUCUUACCCCCCAAACUCCUCUCCCUUCCAACCGCUACAAGACCGAGCUGUGCCGGAGUUUCCAGGAGAACCGUAGCUGUAAAUAUGGGAGCAAGUGUCAGUUUGCCCAUGGAGAGGAUGAACUGCGCGGGCUGUAUCGUCAUCCCAAAUACAAGACGGAAGCGUGCCGCACUUUCUACAACUUUGGUUACUGUCCCUAUGGAGCCCGCUGUCACUUCAUUCAUGAGGAGAAACUCACCCCUCUGACUUCGAAGUUUCAAACCCAGUCACCUGUUGGUCACAAUCCCCGUCAGCUCCGACAGAGCGUCAGUUUCGCUGGAUUCCUGGCAUCUCGUAGCUCUCCUCCCCCCGCGCUCCACGACCCCUUAGCCUUCACCCGUGCGCCCUCGGUGUCUCCACCACCUGCGGACAUUCACUCUCCCGUGUUCGGUGACACCCACAGCAUGCGCGAGGCAUUCCAGUUCGGUCACAGCCGAGCCAGUGUUGGUGACAUCCACAACAUUCCGAUGAAAGUUGAGCCUCAAAAACCCUCACGCUGUGUCUGUGGCCACGGAAAUAACUUCCCAACUCAGAACCACAAAUCCUUUCCCACGGAGGACCGCAGUAACCUGUACAUUACCGCACCCGGUCUGCAACGGUUCUCCUCUGAAGACUCGCUCUCGGACCGUGACAGUUACACCAGCACCGGCAGCACCAGCGGCUCCGAGUCCCCCACCUUUGACGGGUCAGGCAACAAGAGGCUCACCGUCUUCGCGCGCCUGUCUCUCUCCGACUAGGGUUGUCACACCACACCAGACUAUGCGUCACAAGCCUUACAGCUUAUUCAGUUCACAACAAUAACAACAACCGCAACCUGUCACAAAGAUGCGCGUCAACACUUUAUAUUGUUUAUUUAUGUGCGUUAAGAAUCUGCUCAGAGAAAUUAUUUUGGUACCCAAAUGUUAUCAGAAGCUGUAUUUUUAUACUAGUGUUCAUUUCUGUAUUUGUAUCUUUUGUCUUCCACGCGUCUUUAAACUAAAGCCUUGAUGGCCGUGUUAAAGAUGGAAGUUUAAGUGCCUGUAACCUGAACCAAUCACAAAGACAACGAAGACAAGUCUGACAUAUCCGUACGGUAAACUGCAAACAUGUCUUUCAGUUUUAGAUCUGUUUGUAGCGAUGGUAUCCUCUAGGCCUGGGUACCACAAACUUAUGAAAUUAUGUUCUAACCAUCAAUGUGACUUGAAACAUGACGACCAUUAACUCACUCAAAUGAGACGCACUUUAUUGUUGGUAUUGGGAGGUCAGUCUCUCCAUGUAGCAUUUAACCAAAGCUUUAUACAUAACUUUUAUAUUUUGCAAUGCUCUUUUAAGAACUGUUUCUGCCACAUACUCGAUAUUGUGCCUUGGCUUUGACAGAGAUCAGGAGGCAAUUGAACACCUGUGUAUGUGUGUGUGUGCGUGUGUGUGUGUGUGCGUGUGUCUGUAACCUUGCCAACUCAGACUAGGUGUGUUGCAUAACGUUUUGACAACCCUGGUUGGAGUUCAACCAUGUUGUGGCUUGCCCACCAACAGGGACAGUGACAGUGACAACACAGUAUGUCCAUUAUAUGCUGGCUUACCUGCCAUGUUUUGUAAUUGUAAAACAUAACUAAUCUAUUUAUUAUGAUAUUUAUUGUGGUAAACAAAAAAACAAUGUAUUUUGUACUUUAUUUAUCAAUGAUGUUUCAGGGUCUGUAAAAACUGUGUGAAAAAAAAGAAUCAAUCUAUUUUUAAUCACCUGAAAAGGAGAAAUAAAUGAAAUAAACAGAGAAAAGAAAACAA